CACCUCUUGGCUGGCGAAUUAUGCAUGCACUAAGCGAGCUCUGAGAGAAUGGCUGUGGAAGCUAUCCACUGCAGCCUAAAUCCAAAUGGUAUCGAUCUCUCUGUCCACACGGAAGGCAUUAACCUGCAGCUUGAAGGCGAGAGGGUGGAAUCGUCCUCACUUAAGAAGGAAAACUCGUCGAAGUUGCCCGAGUCGAAAGGAACGCCAAAGAGGCAGCAAGUAGAGCCAGAAGCAUCUAAGUCUAACAUUGUGAAACUGACCAAGCCGGUAGCACUGUGGACCCAGCUGGAUGUGUGCAAGUGGCUGAAGAAACAUUGCCCAAAUCAGUAUCAAAUCUACAGUGAGUCAUUCAAACAGCAUGACAUAACUGGCCGUGCAUUGCUGAGGCUUACAGACAAAAAGCUGGAGCGGAUGGGGAUUGCUCAGGAAAACUUACGACAGCAUAUUUUGCAGCAGGUCCUCCAGCUGAAAGUGCGGGAGGAAGUCCGAAACCUUCAGCUGCUGACACAAGCCUCGAUAGAGAGUUCUCCGUAAGCGUCACCGGCCUCUAAAGCUGCUGUCCUGCCAGACGAUACGAAAAGUGAACUUCCCCUUUGCAAGAAAGGAAAAAAAAAAGCAUAAACAACAGAGCUGCCAGGAAAAGGCGAUGGACAAGAACUUGGAGAAGUAGCCGAAGCCCCUCGCGGCAUUGUCACUCGGAGAAGCCCUGGGAAGUCCUGGUUUGCUUGCAGAAUUACGUCGUGGUGUGUCCGGCCACAGUGCUCACUUCUCCCAGCUGGUCAUUGGUGGACCCUUUCCGCUGCAAAACAACUGCCGGUUGUCAUCACUGUGCAUAAAACUUUGG